AUGAUUCCUCUCAACGUCACUUUCGACGCAGAGUCCUCGACCAACCACAUACUUGACCCUGCAACGGGAAAAGUCAACGUUUUCAACAAUGGUGAUAUUGCAUGGGUUCUGUCCUCCACUGCUCUCGUCUGGUUGAUGGUACCUGGUGUUGGAUUCUUCUACUCGGGUCUCCUUCGUCGGAAGAAUGCGCUCACGAUGAUUUGGCUUUCGGUUGUUUCGAUUGCGGUCGUUUCCUUCCAAUGGUUCUUCUGGGGUUACUCCCUCACUUUCUCGGAGGUUGUCAAGGGCGGCGGGUUCAUUGGAAAUUUGGAUCACUUUGGAAUGCAGAAUGUUUGGGGACAACCUAGCACUGGAGGUACCAGAGUUCCGGCGAUCGUGUAUUGCGUUUAUCAGCUCAUGUUCGCGGCUAUCACCCCAAUGCUCGCGGUGGGAGCCAUUGCAGAGCGAGGUCGUUUAGGACCUAUCAUCUUUUUCAUCUUUUGGUGGACGACGUUGGUGUAUGAUCCUAUUGCGUGUUGGACUUGGAAUGCUGGUGGGUGGGUGUUUAAGAGAGGUGGAUUGGACUUUGCUGGUGGAACCCCUGUGCAUAUCAGCAGUGGGACGGCUGCGCUGGCUAUUUCGAUUUACCUUGGCAAACGCGACGGAUACGGAACACCUCGGUUGGCUUACAAAGCUCAUAACACGACGUAUGUCGUCAUUGGUACCUGCUUCCUAUGGUUUGGAUGGUUCGGCUUCAAUGGAGGCAGUGCUCUCGCUGGUACGAUGCGUGCCGCUAUGGCUUGCUUCGUAACGAAUUUGGCUGCCUCUGUCGGUGGAUUAACCUGGAUGUUUUGGGAUUGGCGCCUUGAGAAGAAGUGGUCUGCUGUUGGAUUCUGCUCUGGUGCUAUUGCGGGUCUCGUGGCCAUCACCCCUGGGUCCGGUUUCGUUGGCCCCCCAGCUGCGGUUCUCUACGGAUUCAUGGCUGGUACAAUCUGCAAUUUUGCUACCCAGCUCAAGUUUCUCGUUGAAGUCGAUGACACGUUGGAUAUCUUCGCGGGUCAUACGGUCGGAGGUUUCGUUGGAAACAUCUUGACUGGGUUGUUCGCUCAGGCGAGCGUCGCUGCUAGCGAUGGAACUGUCAUUCCAGGCGGAUGGAUCGAUCAUCAUUACGUCCAACUUUGGCAUCAAUUGGCGGAUUCCCUAUCCGGUUUCGGAUGGUCGUUUGUCGUCACCACGUUGCUUUUAUGGAUCAUGCACUACAUUCCUGGAUUGCGGCUUCGCGCUUCCAAGGAGGCUGAACGAAUCGGUAUCGAUGAUGCCGAGAUGGGAGAAUUUGCGUAUGAUUACGUUGCGUUGGAUGCGGAGCUAGGGUUGGAACAACAUCCUCAUGGUGUUCAUGAGAUUCCGAACGAGCUUGAUGGGCACAGGCCGUCAGAGAGGAGAGGUGGACAUGCGGGUCCUGAGGAUGUUCACCAUCACCACCAGAUAGUUGAGAAGCCCAGUAGCUCUGACCACUCUACCCCACCUUAA